UUCAGUUUGCCAUGACUCCAUGAAUUCAUUUUAUAACGUUGUCAAAAACUUUGUGUAAAACGACACUCGAUCCUGUAGAAUUUGGAAUGCCUUUCGAUCGUCGCGAAAAAUUCUUCCUCCAAGAUGAGGUCGUCAUGCACAACCAAAUCGACAGUGCGUGGGUUGUCAUCCGUGGGAACGUCUUCGACAUUACGGCUUUGUACGGCGGCGGUGGUGGCACCGGCAGUCGCCCAAGCUCUCCAAAAAAGAUUCAUCAACUGCUGCUUGCCUUUGCCGGCAAGGAUUUAAGCGGAUUCUUCACCGACGGCGGUCGGCCACUUUACAGGAUUAGCAAGGAUGGUGUCAAGGUGCCGGUGUUCCCGCCGGUCAAGGUGAAGAACCGUGCCACCGGAGAGUACUGGUGGAAUGAUCGUAGCUUGCGGAUCGGGAGGAUUACGGCCCGGGAGCGGCCACUUCGGGUGCGCAACAGCUUGACGUUCAAGGUGCAAGAACUGGUGGUUUGCGAAGAAGAUACGAUCGCAAUGAUUCAGCGCAAGUUUCUCCGAUUCAACGGCAAUGCCACAAACUACCGGUGGAGGAGUAAUAUUGAUAUGAGUGACGCGGCCGCAGAUUUACGACUUGAUAAGACGCUGACGGAGAAUGGCAUCGUUUACGACCGCUACCCACCGGCGCCGCUCGUUUGGAUCUUCUACCAGAUUCCGGAGGGAACGCGUCUCGACCACGACCAAACCGGUGGCGGUGACAGCCAUAGCCAGCCCACCAUCACCAGUGCGUCGUCGGCGGUUCCACCCACAACAGAAGCUAACAAUGGCACGUCUCCAUCGUCGACGCAGGUGGCAACAUGUUCUGCCGGAAGUUGACCACCGUGCGGUUAAAUGAAACAAUUUCCCCGUGACUUGAAGAAGAAGUCCCCGAAAACAAAAGACCACUUGGCAAUUUGCCGACCCCAGCAGACCCGGCCGGGAAAGUGAACCCCUUUCUUCGUGUUGAGCUUCUCUGUGUGAACCACCAAAGAAAUGAAAAAGAGGGGAAAAUCGUCUUGAAAUUUAAAUAUAAUAGAAAUUCCUCAAAUUCCUUCAGACGACCUUUGUUUUAGUUUUAGCGCGAAAUCGGAUGUGGGUGUGGAAUGCGUUCUCACGCCGCCGCAGACGUCAACCGGGAGAGCAAGAAUUACUGUUGCGGACCCAGUUUCUUUUUUUUCGGUGG